UUAAUUUUGUAUUAAAUAAUCCUGACUAGACGUGCCAUUCAGUGUAAAAUAUCGACGAAGCUAAGUUAUUAAAUUUUCUUCUGCAGGAGUUACUUAUACAAAAAUGCGUGCACCAACUAUUGUUAUAUUGUCCUUACUAAUUACUCAAGCCAAAUCGUCAGAAUCUACUGAUAGGUGUCAUACAGACAAUGAUUGUACUGGCCUGACAAAGUGUAGCUCAAAUGGAUUUUGUGUGAUUUCAAAUUUUAAGGUGGGAAUACUCGGAUUCGUCGGAGCAUUAUUAGCGUGUGCAAUUCUUGGAGCCUGUGUUUAUCUAAAUAUAAGUUAUGUGAUCCGAAAGCAUGUCCAAUAUUCCGAGAUAGCAUCGAAAAAUGUACAGCUUAAUGAACAAGAGAAAACUAAUGUUGCCUGAUUCUGAAGAGAGACUACACUAAUAACUUGUCAAAGUUCUAAAGUCAUAAAGUCAUCUGUUAUCGACGACGACAACUAUAAAUCGAUCACAUUUGACUUGUAGCUUCUAAUGUAGCAAAACGCAUAUGUAAAUUUAUGAAGUAAAAGAUUAAUU